GUCACGUCUUGUCGUCGCACUCAAGCUCGGGAUCGCUCCGCCUCGUCGCCAUCGGCCAACCGCCGCCUUCGCGAUAGCCGUCGAGAUAAAUUUUAGAUGGAAAGUGGUCAUCACCUUGCUCACGAAAGUCUCGCUGGAUAUACUACAAUGAAAGUGAACAACGUGCCACAUGCAAUAGAUUCUGAACAAAAUGCUUCAUGUUCUGACGCUGAGAGUAGAUCUGAUGUUGGGAAGCCAGUGAAAACUGGCGAACUGACUGAUACCCAGGCUACAGACGUAUUUGUUUAUAGGCAAGAUGUUGUCAAAUGCAGUAAGUGUAAAGGUCUACAUGGAAUUGUUCUGGAAACAGCUGGUGACUCAGAUCCUGAGGGCAGCAUCUCAGGGUAUGAUAGCAGUGAGGAGGAUGAGGAUAACAACGAUGAAGGCAAUGGAGAUGAUAAUGGUGAUGUUAACAGUAAUAUUAUUGAUGGUGGUAGUAAUGAUUUUCUUCAAGAUGGCCAGGUUAGAUUAUUAUGGUGUGAUGGUUCUGAAACUGUGGAAAAUACUAAUGAUGUCACGGUUGUAGAUAGAAGUUUUUUGCGUGGUGAUAUUGUUGCUUCUGCUACUGAUCCAACUGGACAGUUGGGGGUUAUUAUUAAUGUCAAUAUGACAGUUGAUUUACUUUCUACAGAUGGUGUGGUGAUAGAAAAUGUUUCCUCUAGAGCUUUGAAACACAUAAGGGAAUUUAGCGUUGGAGAUUUUGUGGUUCUUGGACCUUGGCUUGGCAAAGUAGAUGAAGUAUUUGAUAACGUGACUGUUCUGUUUGAUGAUGGUUAUAUUUGUGAAGUUGUGAAGCCUGAUCCUUUGCAACUUAGACCUCUUAUAAUGCCAGUUGUUAGUGACACAGAUUGCCCCUACUACCCGGGUCAAAGGGUUAGGGCCAUUUCUUCUUCUGUUUUUGAAGGUUCUAGUCGCAAGGCUAAGCUUCUCAAAGGUACUGUCAUCAAAGUUCAGACAGAUUCAGUGGUUGUCUAUUGGAUAGCUUCAGCUGUCCAUGGUGUUGGUGAUAAUUCAGCAACUUUUCCUUCAAAAGAGCAGAACCCAAAGAACUUGACUCUGUUGUCUUGUUCUUCGCAUAUAAAUUGGCAAUUAGCUGAUUGGUGUCUCCUUCUGUCUUAUCCACAUACAAAUGAUUUGCCUAAAAAUUGCUCGUGCAGUACUUCAUAUUCAGUUUCAAAGAAGCCUGCUAAUGGAAGCUGGCCAUCUUACCGUAGGAAGCCGUGGAAGUUUUUCUUUAGGGGAGAUAAGAAAAUUUGGAGAAGAGAUGGUAACUUUGAAAGAGCCCUUCUGAUUGUAAAAGCUUUUAACAAAGUUGAUGUGGCCUGGCAAGAUGGGACAACAGAAUUUGGUCUACAAUCAACAUCACUAAUACCGUUUGAUACACCAAAUGAUCAUGAAUUUUUUCCUGGAGAGUUUGUGGUUGAGAAGGCACAAAAUGAAGGUGGCAGUUCUUCUGAAACAAAUCGACUGGGAGUUUUAAGAAGCGCGAACUCUCAGGAGCAAACUGUGUGCGUGAGGUGGCUUAAACCUGCAUCCAGGCCCGGAGAUUUGAAGGAGUUCAACGGUGAGGAAGUUGUUAGUGCAUAUGAACUUGAACGGCAUGCUGAUUAUGAUUACUUCUAUGGUGAUGUUGUUGUUCGCUUGCCUCCUGUUUCUGAUGAUAUACCAAACUCUGAAGUUCCUACUGAGACACAGGGAAAUCAACUUGAUACCCAAAAAACAGCAGAUGAUUCAAGCAAGGAAUAUGUAGAGAUCAGUGAAGAGAAUCGGGCCCUAGAUAAUGAAGCUUGUGAGGACUUUACAAGUUUAUCAUGGGUUGGAAAUAUAGUUGGUCUCCAGGAUGGUGAUAUUGAAGUUUCAUGGGCUGAUGGGAUGGUGUCAAAGGUUCCACCUCAGGAAGUUUAUAUUGUUUAUCGGCAUAAUGGUAACGGUGACAAUGAGGAUGAGGAUGAGGAUGAGGAUGAGGAUGAGGGUGAGGGUGAGGGUGAGGAUGAGGAUGAGGAUGAGGGUGAGGGUGAGGGUGAGGAUGAGGAUGAGGAUGAGGGUGAGGGUGAGGGUGAGGGUGAGGAUGAGUGUGAGGGUGAAUUUGAGGAUGGGGAUGAGGGUGAGGGUGAGGACGAAGACGAAUAUGAUGACAAUGACGAGGAGGAGGAUGAAGAUAAUGACGACGACGACGAUGAUAUUGGAGUUAGUGAUGAUGAUGCUAGUUGGGAAACAGCCAGUGAAAAUGAAAUGGAUGUACUUGAAGGCACUGAAAAGGAAGUUGAUCCACAGAAUCCUAGUGACAGCAAUUUGCAAGGCAAACAUAGUGCUACAAUUUUAGAAAAAGAAAGUAGUGGUGGACAAAGUAGGCCACUCACAUUACCUCUUGCCGCAAUUGAUUAUGCUGUCAAGCACACCACUGGAUUGUUUUCUCGGGCUAAGAAACAGUUAGAGUCAUCAGGUUUGGAUAAGCAAAAAGCAAAUGACGCUAAUCACAAGGCAGACCUUGACUUUUCUGGAAGUAAAUUAGAUGGGGAGGAUGAGAAUAAAGGUUUUGAUGUUUCAGAUGGUCUUAUUGCAGAAAGGAUACAUGAGAACAUUGAAACGGAUAAUCACAUGGAAGCAACAGAAAAGGCUGAAGUGAAAAUUGAGGACAAUUUAGAGAAACCAGCAUCGAUGGGAUUGCAUGAUGGCAGUGAAGGAUCACACAUCAUGGAUGAUCCAUGUAAAUUCAAGCACUUUGAUACUGCAGAAAAUCCUUUGGAUCAUCAUUUUCUUGCUGUCGCAGAAAUGGGCACCGGUGGAAGAAAGUGGGGCAAAAAGGUUCAGCGAGAAUGGAGCAUUCUUGAGAAGAACCUACCUGAUGAUAUUUAUGUUCGAGUAUUUGAGGACCGCAUGGAUCUAAUAAGAGCCGUAAUAGUUGGAGCAUAUGGAACCCCAUAUCAGGAUGGCCUCUUCUUCUUUGAUUUUCACCUUUCCUCAGAGUACCCUCAAGUUCCACCGUCAGUAUAUUAUCAUUCUGGUGGCUUGCGGAUGAACCCCAAUUUGUAUGUGGAUGGGAAAAUUUGCUUAAGUCUGCUAAAUACAUGGACAGGCAAGGGAAGUGAAGUCUGGGAUCCAUCAUUUUCCAGUGUCCUCCAAGUUCUAGUUUCGCUUCAGGGAUUGGUUCUUAACGAUAAGCCAUACUUCAAUGAAGCUGGUUACGAAAAGCAUAUUGGAACAGUUGAAGGUGAGAAAAAUGCUUCUCCAUACAACGAGAACGCAUACCUAACGAACUUGAAAUCCAUGUUGUAUCUCCUGAGAAGGCCCCCCACGCAUUUUGAAGACUUUGUCAAGGAUCACUUCCGCAGACGUGGUCAUUACAUUCUUAAAGCUUGUGAGGCCUACUACACGCGUGGCUGCUUGAUCGGUUCACUAACAAAGGAUGGCUGCUUAACUGAAGAGAGCCAGGAGAAUUCUUGUUCGGUCGGCUUCAAUUUAACACUAGCAAAAAUCUUGCCCCACCUGAUUCCUGCACUGAAUGAAGUAGGAGCUGAUUGCCGUCAAUUUGAAUAUCUCCUCACUUCUGGAACGCUGAACAGCCCAAGAUCUUGAAGGAUGGUUCUCUACAGCAAAUUUUGUAUGGUUUUGUUUCAUGAAAAUUGUCGCCAAAGUCUCAGAUUCUUGAUCCAUAACACAUUUAGGAAGUAAUUCCUGGAUGUGGUUAGUGCCAAUUGCACUAUAUUCUUUUCUUUUUUUUUUCACAAUAUAUAGUGUCAUGUAGAAUAUGUUUAUUAUCUUUUUAUUUUAAUACACCGAGUGGUUCUUCAAAG